AUGGUGCAUUUUGAGGACUCUCCUUCAGAUUGGGACCCCCGGAAGUUAGGUUGUCCGAAUUUCAUUGAACUGAGCAACCUAAGGAACGGGAUAUGGGCUCCACUUACCUUGGACAGGAGAUUGGUACUUUACCCAAAUGGGAAAAAGAAUAGCAAUGUGAACGGUCACAUCUCUCUAUACUUGGCAAUAGCAGCUACCAAUGACCUUCCACUUGGCUGGGAGGUUAACGUGCACAUAAGAUUCUUUGUGUUUGAUCAAAUCCGAGACAAGUACCUGAGUAUUCACGAUGCGAGUGGGAGGGUAAGACGCUUCCAUAAAUUGAAGACUGAAUGGGGAUUCGAUCAGUUGCUUUUCCAUGAUACUCUCAAUGAUUCAUCAAAUGGAUAUCUUGUUGACGACACUUGUGUCUUGGGGGCGGAAGUUUUUGUUAUUAAAUGUACUGGCAAAGGGGAGAGUUUGUCAAUGAUAAAUGAACCUCAAAGUAAUAUUUUCACUUGGAGGAUUGACAACUUUACCAACAUGAAAAAUGCAUAUUAUGACUCUAAGCAUUUCACCGUUGAAGGGCGAAGAUGGAAGUUGAGUCUCAAUCCGAAGGGAUUUGGAACAGGAGCAGGCACAUGCUUGUCUCUUUAUCUCUACUUAGGUGAUUCAGAAACUAUUCCUCCCAACAAAAAAUUGUGUGCAAAAUACAAGCUGCGAGUAAAGGACCAAAUCCAUGGCAAUCACCAUGAAAAGACAAUUGACCACUGGUUCUCUGAUCGUACCAUCGGUUAUGGUGUCCAUGAGUUUUUGCCAUUGAGAGAUCUCCGGGACGCAUCAAAUGGCUACUUGGUACGUGAUGGUUUGUUCAUUGAAUGCAAAAUCGAUGCCAUAUCCGUUCUUUUUUAA